GCCCGGCGGUGCCCGGAUGUAGCGGGAGGAGGCGCCGCCGCCAUCUUUGCCCGGAGAGAGCGAGCGAGAGAGAGAGGGAGAGAGCAGCCGGAGCCCAGGAAGGAGCGAGCGAGCGAGGGAGGCAGCGCGGACCCAGACCCAGCCCAGCCCCGCAGGACCACCGCCCUCCAUCCAUCCACCCGCCCCGAUGGACGACCGCGAGGACCUCGUCUACCAGGCCAAGCUGGCCGAGCAGGCCGAGCGCUACGACGAAAUGGUGGAGUCGAUGAAGAAGGUGGCCGGGAUGGACGUGGAGCUGACGGUGGAGGAGAGGAACCUGCUGUCGGUGGCCUACAAGAACGUCAUCGGGGCCCGGAGGGCCUCCUGGAGGAUCAUCAGCAGCAUCGAGCAGAAGGAGGAGAACAAGGGCGGGGAGGACAAGCUCAAGAUGAUCCGGGAGUAUCGGCAAAUGGUUGAGACGGAAUUGAAACUAAUCUGUUGUGACAUUCUGGAUGUACUGGACAAACACCUCAUUCCAGCAGCCAACACGGGCGAGUCCAAGGUCUUCUAUUACAAAAUGAAAGGGGACUACCACAGGUAUCUUGCUGAGUUUGCCACAGGAAAUGAUAGAAAGGAAGCAGCUGAGAACAGCCUGGUGGCUUAUAAAGCUGCUAGCGAUAUUGCAAUGACAGAGCUUCCUCCAACGCAUCCCAUCCGCCUAGGACUUGCCCUCAACUUCUCUGUUUUCUACUAUGAGAUCCUUAAUUCUCCUGACCGUGCCUGCAGGUUGGCAAAAGCAGCUUUUGAUGAUGCCAUUGCAGAACUGGAUACGCUGAGUGAAGAAAGCUAUAAGGAUUCUACGCUUAUCAUGCAGUUGUUACGUGAUAAUCUGACACUAUGGACUUCAGACAUGCAGGGUGAUGAUUCUUAAAGGGAACUCCACCUGUUCAUUUUCUUACACUCUACUUUGUGAAGAACAGAGUAAAGAAGCGCUGCAGGAUGUGGAAGAUGAAAACCAGUGAGACGUCAAGGCCAAUAAGAGUCCCCCUUCCUCCUCCUCCUCCUCCUCCUCCCCAUCCCUCCCCAUAAGCCCCUCAGUGUCCCUGGGAGCCAUCUUAUCUGACGUUCAUGAUGGCCUCCAGAAUUUAGGUUCCUGCCCUGUUGGUUUUUUUACACAGUUGAAACGUUCUUUAAAAGGCAAGAGUGAAUGUCUGUGGAUUUUACUGGUGCCAGCUUUCAGUUCCUUUAAGACACUAACCGGACUGGCUGCAUAGAGGCUUUUCCUGCAUUCCUGUGUUGUCUUCUGUCAGUGUUGGAGGUAACAUCUGGAAGCCAUUAGAGAUCUAGAGGAGGCUUCUUGCACUGUAGUGCAUGUGGUGGCAUUUUUCAUUUUUUAUAAUUGUUUAAACAAUUUUAUACCAGUGUUUAAAAUUGGCGUUUAGCUUGAAGUUUCAGGUUUCGUUGGAACAGUUCUUGUAGUGGUUUUGCUGUAAAAGGAAAGAAAAAAAAAACAACCAAGGAAAAGAAUUUGAAACUGCGCCGAGAUGUUUCUGCGACAGAGAUGGUGCUGGUAACGGUUCAACAUCCGUGGCUGCUCAUUCUUGCCUUCUCUUACUUUCCCUCCAAGCAGGUUAGCGUUGAAGGUGGAGGCGCGGAGGAGCCUGCAUGUGUGUUCAAUAUUUUUCUCUCCCUCUCCCUCUCCCUCUUCGCUAGCUCAACCUCUUUUGUUCAGUAUGUGUAACUUGAAGCUAAUUUGUACUACUGGAUAUCUGACUGGAGCCACAGAUACAGGAUCUGUAUUGUUCUUACUGAAACACAGCAUGGAAUUAACAUUAAACUUAAAUAAAACAACCCUAAAUUAAACUGA